GGCUUGUAAAUUUUCAUCUCGAAUCAUGAUGAAUUUUUCAUGUGCCAGACACUAGGACGACGAGCUUAUUGAUCUUUCAGCUUGAUGCUGAGGAUAAAUAUCUCAGCAAUAAUGAUUAUGAUUCAUUAAAAAAAAAGUUCCAACAUUGUGGGUGAUAUUUGUGCAACUGUGUGUAUUAAGUGCAAAUGAUACCCGAAAGUGACUCCUAAAGUGUUAUUUGAGACUAAAAAUAGCUCAAGAAUCGGACAGUAUUCCCCCAUUCGGGAGAUAUCCAAUGCUCCACCCAUCGGAAUGGUGGCUGAGAACCAAUGAGACGCUUCUGGGAGAAUGCCAUGCGCUGUUCCGGGAAAGUCGGGGUGAUUUUCCACGGGACAGGGAUGAACUGGUGGAAUUUGCUAGCAGAGAUGGCUGUGUGUGAUGUAGGGGAUGCUAGCAGGGAUGAAUCCAUCCCUGAAGUGGGAUUCUAUGGAGAAGGGUACAAUUUUGGCGAUUAUGUGUGAUUGUAGCGAUUGGACUAUGCCAUAAAGUUCAUUCUCAUCAUCACAAGUCCUUUGCUCUCUCACCUCUCUGGGUGCUCUUUGGUCCUAAUGACGGUCUGAUUGCCCACUAAAGUGUCUCGACGAUCCGACGGGAUGUGAACGGUGAUUGUGAUUCCCCAACAAUUAAUUGAAUUUUCACUUCCGCCAAAACCAGACUCUUUUGGAUAUUCUUUCCUCUCCUUGUAAGUCCUUGUAUAGCGUAAAAAUGGAACAACUGGCGGAUUUUGUGACCAAGUCCUUUGAGUACAAUAACAAUGGUGUUCUGGACAUUCAGACCACUAUGAAAGUGGUCAGUGAAACACGUCCCAGUGACAAUGAAGCCAAUGGUUUCAGUGCUGAAAGUGCGUCGGAUGAAGAAACUGUUGAUGUUGAUGUGAUUGAUUCGCAAUCAGACACAGAAGACAGUAAAUUCAUCCCACAAUCGCCAGCCAAAGUGCUCCAGAAGAAAACAAUAAUGGAUAUCUCCAAUAGUGUCUGUUCAGUUGAUGACAAGGAUAUCCCUGUGUCGUUGAUUAAAAAGAACAAGAUGAGUAGUUUUCUUACAACGAAAAAUUGGUUGAUUUCCGACACAGAAGUCUCCAAGACUCUCCCAAAUCUUCAAGAACCGAAGAAGCAGGAGAGUGACAUGGACACGGAUGGAGUGCUCAAUCUCAAGUGUUCCCUCGAGAAUGGACAGAACAAACCACCAACGGACGUUUGUGUGAAAUCAGGAGGAGAUUUGAGUGCCAAAAAUUCAGGAAAAUUGAAAAACUUCCAGAACGUUAAACCAGACAAACAAGAGACUUCAGCCGGAGAUCGUGACACAAAUAGAUAUGGUAGUUCAUCUCCCACACCUCCAGCCAGCGGUGGCUCAACGAACGUGGCCUCAAGUUCUGGAAGUAGCAACAAACAGCGUCGCUCGCGAACGAAUUUCACGCUGGAACAGCUCAAUGAACUGGAGCGUCUCUUCGAAGAGACGCACUAUCCGGACGCCUUCAUGCGCGAAGAAUUGAGUCAGCGUCUGGGACUCAGUGAGGCUCGUGUUCAGGUGUGGUUUCAAAACCGUCGUGCUAAAUGCCGAAAACAUGAAAAUCAAAUGCAUAAAGGAAUUCUGCUAGCGAGCCAGAGUCCGCCGGUUUCAACACCCCUUGAGCCCUGUCGAGUAGCUCCAUAUGUAAAUCUUCCAGCUCUCAGGUGCUCCUCGGGUUCUUCAGCUUCCCAAGCCUCCAACACUGUUCAUUUCACGACUUCAGCUGCCUUCUCCGCCUUCGAUCCAGCUCUCAUGACAGCUGCUCACCAAUAUGCGGCAGCGAUGACGGGAGCUGUGGUGAUAGGAUCAAGUUCAGGCCUGACCAGUAGCACUGAGCUCUUCCGAUUGUCCUCGUCGUAUCCCCUGAGUAUCGCCGCCAUCGCGGCUGCUCACAGCAAGAACUCCAGCAUAGCUGAUCUCCGACUAAAGGCCAAGAAGCACGCCGAGGCGUUAGGCAUCGAGAAUGCCUGAGGAAUCAGAAAAUUUGGGGAAUUAUUCAAGAGUGGAAAUAUACUAUUAGAACUGUGAUUUUU